UUGUAGAGCUUGAACGUUCGAGUGAACUGCGAGAGUAGUUGAGGUUCUUCCCAUGGCCACUUGCAUUUCCUUCUUCUACCUGAGGUUUCUCCUCCAAGUACCGUUUCUUUUUUUGUGCCUUCUCUGUUCUGUAAAGGACAGUUAUGCUGAACAAGAUAAAGAAGCAGAAGGCCAACUUUCUCAUAGCCACAUUGUUAAAGUCAGUUCUCUAUUACCCCCAACUGUUUGCAACCAUACUUCCAUCAAAGGUCAAAACAAAGAAUCUCUAGAGGUUUUAAGCAAGUAUGGUCCAUGCUCUACACUAAAUCAAGGCAAAAUAAUUACUCCAAAUUACUUGGAAAUUUUGCGCAAAGACCGAGCUCGAGCCAUUUACAUUCAAUCCAGAAUCUUCAAGCCAAAAAAUUUGAGUAGUGAUGAUGACCAUUUAAAAGAAGCACCGGCCAUUACAGUCAGUACCAAGCCUAUUCUAUUAUAUGAGGCAACGUUCGAGUUCUAUAUCACCGUAUCCCUGGGAACACCGAGACAAGAUGUUACUCUCCUUUUGGACACUGGCAGCGAUCUCACUUGGACGCAGUGCAAGCCAUGCCUUAAAUGCUUUGAACAAAACACCCCGUUAUUUGAUCCAUCCAAAUCCUCUACGUAUUCUGUCGUUCCAUGCGAAUCGUCGGCCUGUUUAUCAGAUUUCAAAGGAAGGUGCAUUUCCAAUAAGUGCAUCUACAGAAUUGAAUACGUUAGCGGUAAUUCCAGUGGUAAUGUAUUGACAGAUAGGCUAACCAUUACACAUGGCUCUGGCACAUUUGUCAAAUACCCUUACAUUUUCGGAUGUGGCACUAACAAUUCUGCAGACGAGAUUGAUGGGGUUACUGGAUUAAUGGGUCUUAAUCGAAAUCCGUCAUCUUUUAUAUCUCAAACUUCCCAAGAAUACUUCUCUUAUUGUUUUCCUUCAUCUUAUGGCUCAACUGGAUAUAUAACCUUCGGCAAAACGGAUGACUAUAUCAAAAACAAGUUCAUCAAAUUCACUCCAUUAUCCACUACAUCCAAACAAUCGCCGUUUUACGAUAUUAUUGUGACCGGAAUUACUGUCGCCGGAAAAAAACUACCCGUAGCGAGUUCAGAGUAUUCUAAAUCAGGUGCAUUUAUUGAUUCGGGUUCAACCUUCACGACCCUUCCAACAUCCAUUUACGUGGCUCUGAGAUCAGCUUUCCGUAAGCAAAUGUCAAAAUAUAAGAUGAUAAAACCAGUGAAGAGUGAAGAUAUUGAUACUUGUUAUGAUUUUAGCAGUUACGAUACAGUUGUAAUACCAAAGAUUUCUAUCUUCUUCAAAGGCGAGGUUGAAUUGGAUCUGGAUGUGAAGGGAAUUAUGAUCGUAUUUAAAAAUGAUUUAAGUCAGGUGUGUUUAGCUUUUCAGCCGAAUACUGAUGACCCUUAUAUUAUCUUGGGGAACAAUCAGUUGAGGGCAAUAGAGGUGCACCAUGAUGUUGCUGGAGGGAGACUUGGGUUUGGUCCCGGUGGUUGCAGCUGAGCUCAACCAACAAGGAAAAGAAUCCUCCGAAAUUUAGCACUUG